AUGCGAUUGGUGUGCCGAGUGCUACGAGAUGUGAAGCCAAAGCGGUCUAUCCUCCAUCCUCGAAUCCACAUCCCUUCGCCAUGCUCCCAGUUUUGCGCUCGAAACCCCCAGGGGCACGCUCUGCUAUAUAGCCAAGGCACACGCCGGUUCUCGACAACCUUGGUGACCGACACGGAAGAUGCUGGCGAUCUUCUUCUGAACGAACUGUCCGACACUCCGUCAACGCCCGAGAACGCCUCUCGGCAGCAGGAGCUUGACGUUUCUCUAGUACAACAGUCCAAGCUGUUUGGAAGAUGGAGGCCGCUUCUGACCAACCCACACCGUCUUGCCAUCGAGUCCGAUUUUACCCGACGAGGGCCUGCGAAGGAAUGGCGCGGCCGCCUGCUGGUCGACCAUUUCGACCACCGCGGUGACUUCGCCUUAUGGAGUUGCCUGUUGGACUACCAGACGAGGGUGAAUGGGCAGCUGGGUGCCCUGAACGUCUGGAGAGGCUUAUGGGGACGCAAGUCGUUAUAUGAUGUCGACAGCCCACUCGCGCCCAUGUUCUGGCGCGUCAUGUUGGAGGCCGCUCUGAACACCGACGACGAAAAGACCCUCGAGAGCGUCUGGAUCUAUAGCGAGUGGAUGUACGAUGUUCAUGGAGUCAAGUGGCCACAAAUCUACACUACCGUCAUGGGACACCUCCUGCGGAAUCACAAACACCAGCAGGCCCUUCAAUGGCAGCUACGUUUGACUCCAAACUUCUACCCCGGCCCGCAAGACUUUGCAGAUCUGGUAACCGAAUUCGCCACUGACAAGGAACAGUAUCGACUCUCCACUCUGCAGACCCUCUACAUCGUCAACCCUGACCACCAGCUCUACGAUACGCUUGUACCGUACCUGUAUAACUUGGGGGAAUCUCGACUCGCAAUGAAGUGGCGGAACACAUGUGUUCGGUACGAUGACUUGCCUUUGGCACCUGUCCCUGCUCGACCUUUUCUGAGGUUCUUGCAAGGCUAUUUCCCCAGCGAAUUCCUACACCCUGAGGAAAUAGCUGCUACUGGGGAUCUCAAUCUCGAAAUCGAAGAGCCGAUACAGCCCGACCUGUCACGAGAGUUCAUCAAUCGGGUCCACGGUAACACAUUUGGUAUCAGUGUCAAGAAUUACAAUGACCGGUUAGGGGCAAAGUGGUUUGCUAGUUCGUGGGUGAGCUUGAAUGCAGCCAUUUCGACAAUCUCUGCACUGGGCAUUGAAAAGAUUGGACCCCUGUCGCUGCAGUCCAUCGCCCUCAGGGAAAACACGUCGGAAGGUGUACUGAAACGCAUCGCGCAGCUCCAAGAACAUGGCAUCUCCGUGGUCGAUUCAAAUUACUUCAAGACGGUGCUUUAUCUUGCCGAACUCAAGGAUGACGAGCUGUUGCGUGACCUUUUGGAAAGCGACCUUCACCCGGACGUCUUUGAUGAUUUGGUACUCCAGACACGCCUCUUAGAAUCUACCGUCGCUUCGUCAGAUUGGCGAACUUACAGACUUCUAUUGGUUGCAAAGGUUGUGACACUGCAACAGUCACCUCGGAAAGCCGCCAAUGCCCUUGUCGAAGUCUACUUCCGGCAGAGGGACCAGCAAGGCCUGUCGAGGAUUCUCGCCGACAUGCAGGCCAUGAAGGUGGGGAUCGAUCAUGAGAAGACCAGCCUCAUCUUUGAAAGCCUGGAAAGUGAGCGCCAGUCUACUGGUCUCACCUCAGAUGCCCUGACUUUCUAUCUAUCAGUCUGCCAGGAGCUGACGAAGAUGGAUGUCCCAGUGCCGAGAAACAGGUGGCGGAUCAUCCUGUUCGGUCUGAUCAGGGGAGGCAAGCUGGAUGAGGUGGAAAAGUUAUGUCUUGAACUUGUGAAUCUCUUCACUCGCUCCCAUUCUGCGCGCCCAGGAUUCGUUCCCAUGCAUCUCGAGGACAUCCCGGAAGCCAUGAAAAAGCGACUCUCGGGGGUUGAGAACCUUCUAGGCGUCUACGUGCCUCUGGACCUGCCCCGAACAUCGGCUCUGCAUCCCCUACGCCUCCUAUUUGACAAGAAGUUAAUGAGCACAAUGAUACGUGUCUCCUUUUACACCUUACUAGAGCCGAAGGGGAAGACGGGCCCCACAAUCCAAACGCAACGACAUCAGCCCCAGGCCUUCCACUGUGGUCGGGCCGUGAAAUUCCUGGGCAUGCUUCGGGAACAAGGCUUGGACGUGAAUGCUGGCACCGUGGCCCGCUACGUCAAGCAGUGGCUGACGACCCUCUACGGGAACGCCAUCCUGACCAAGAAGGCCUCGCAGCGUAUGCGAGCGAACAAUACAUUGACCCUAGGAGAGAUGAAGGAUCUGCUGGAUGAGGCGUGGGGAGAUGAGCUACUCCCGCCGCUGGACGAAUUGCAAAGAGAGAUCGCGAAGCGUAGCGGCGAAGCGAGCCAGAAGAACUCGAAAUACCUGAUUGGGCGAGGGAGGCGGCCACCCUCUAUUCGCUCCGUGCUAUGA